CGCGCUUCCCAUUUAUUCCUAAUCGGGAAUAAUGGUCCUGCGAACCCCAGCCGUCUUUAUAGACAGAUGACCGCUGCUUGUAAAAGGAGACACCCAGGCCCACCCAAGUACAACACGCCACCAUCCAUCACGUCUCUUGACAUCUCAUUUGGACCACCAUGACCAUUGAAAGCCAGGGCCCGAGUGUACUGCCCGAACAAGCGUUGAAAAACCUUUUGCACAGCGAGAAUGCCGAAAACAACAACUUGAUCGAUAUCAUGGGCAAGGUCAAGCCUACCAGGUCUGGGGGCAGCUCGUUGACCUCGCUAAUUCGGGGUUUGUUCACCAAAAACACCAAAUUGCUAGGCCUCUUGAACUCCACCCUCACUGAGUUUGCGUCCUAUGAGGACGCAAACGAAAUGGACUUGUUGAAGUCUUUCGUCAACGAGUUCCUCAUCUGGUUGGACCAGGACGGAUUUGUGCUCUUUGAGAAGUACUGCAGCCAAAUUACCGACUUGAAUGCAGACUCGCUCGACAUUGAAGCCGCCGCUGCCAGCAUCAAUGCAGACCAGUUUUGCAAACCAAUCUUGAAUUGCCAUAACUACGUAACAUUCAUCGAUGAUGUCUCCGCACUCUUGCGCAACCCUUUCAUACUUGAGCAGCUUUCGAAAGCCAAGAGUUCACUCCAGAAACUUCUCGACACCUACACCAACAAGUCGAAUAUCAAGAGGCUCAAUAGCAUCAGUUUCAACAACAUCAAGGCAUUCAUAAACAUGUCACCUAAUGCAAAGUCAACCAGAAGCCCGGAACGCGUGUCAAGUUUCUUCAAAGUUAACCAAAUAACGGAGAGGUCUGGAGAUGAAACUCUCUUCCUCUGUGACUCCAAGCAAAGAAAGUACCAGGUCGAGCUUAUUCUAUUAAAUUUGAUGGGAGAGCAAUAUUCCAAUUCCUACAAUGCAUUGGCAAUAGUCGAAGUCUGUCCUGAUGCCACUGAGGCAUCGCGGUCUUUGAUGUACCCUCCGUUCAGAAUAAACGAACUUUCCAUCAACUUUGAACAAUCUUCCAUAAUUUUGAAAUCAAUUUCUUUUUCCAGUAUCCAUACAGCUGAAUCAAAAUUGACUAUUAUGGGUUCAAAUCAGGCUUUUUUAACCCAGUGGUACAAGAAAUUAUUGAUAAUAUUUCCUCUGGAGUUGAACAAUACCCCAGUUAGUGAAACGUUUUUAAUCAAAUCCAACAGAAGUCCUCCUAAAAUGUCUGGAUUAGGAAUCAAUGUGCUUUCUGAUGUUGAUCACAGAAAGACGUGGGACGAGGAAGAUUCUGGACGUUUCGAAACACCUUUGAACAGCAGUAAGUCUAACACCUUCAAGGAGUUAAUACGUUCCCCGUCACUCAGCUCUUCGUCGCCUUUAUCACAAUUACAACAACAAUUUCAACAACAACCUCAGAAGAGAACCGAUCCAGAAGGGGCCAUCGAUUCAAUAGUACCACAACCUGCCUUUCUCAACAACACUCGCAAAAACUCAAAUUCGUCUCUCAAGUCAAACGCAUCCUCGGAAUCACUUAAAUCCCAAUAUGAUAGAUCUUUGAGUAUAAUCAACAAGGCACUUACCAAUACCUCCAGCAGCCUGCUUGCUAAAAAGGAUGACAACCAUAUUAAGGUCGUUCCAAGAGAAGUAUUGGAGGCUCCAAUUUCCGAUUAUGAGUCUAGACCACGUUCUUCCCAAGGGGAAAUUAGCUAUGUUGAAGACACCCCAAAGCCACAGGAAACUAAUGACAAUGAAUCGCGCAGUCCGUACAAGCAGAAGGGAAAUGCAUUCAAUUCGGUACCCGAUUUGACAAAAACUAAGGGAUCUAUUUAUAAAUUGUCUACUGGAUCAGCUGUCGAUUUAUCCAAUUUUGGCAAGAGUUAUAAUCCAUCUUUCAGUAUACCUAAGGGUUUAUCUGAUUUGGCACAAGAAGAUUCCAAGGAACCAAGCAGUGAAAAGCCAAGAAGAAAGUCUUUCUUCAAUUUUCUCAAGAAGUCGAAUAAGAAGACUAACGUGAUUGUUAGUGGAUCACCCCGUUUACCACAAUCUCCAAUCCUGGUAAAUGAUGGGAUAGAGGCAUAUGGAGAAAGGUCAGGCGAGCAACUACAAAAUAAGACACCAUCUCCAGAUAAAUCUAUUCUGACCAUAGAAGUUUCACAAUCGCUUCCAAUCAAAUCGACGGAACAACAUGAGAAUAAUGGAAAGAGUGGGAAGGUUAAGAAUAAGAAUAACCUUGCAAUUAGUGUAAGUCUGCUGUCCAUUGAAGACAAGGGAUCCAAUUUGCCCUCUCCAUUCGCUUUGCCAUCUUCUACAUCAACAUAUUUCUUUAAGCACUUUAAAAACGGUAAUGCAGAAACAGAAUUACCAACUGAAAAUAAUGAAGGUGAUUUGAGGAUUCCUCAAAAUUUGAAAGACACCAUCAAUAGUGAUCCAUCAUUAGAUUUCUUCAUGACUGAAUCAGCCCCUAAGGCUAUGAAAAUCUCAAGAUGGAAACAAAAGUAUGGUAAAUGGGAGUUGAUAACAGCAAACGAGAAUUUGUUCAUUAAGAUUGUUGUGAACUACGAACUCAAUAAAUGCUGGUUUAUUGUGUUCAAGGAAGAAUUUGAUGAAGAAGUUCAAGAAGAUAUAGAUAUUCCAAUUUUGUUACUCGAUAUUGAUGAGGUGAACACGGCCCUUCGACAAUCAUCUGCACUUGAUUUGCAACUUCAAGCAAUCAAUUCUAUAACAUCUGAGAAAAUGUUGAUUAUAAUUCGUUGCAGAACAGGCUCUCUUGUCAACUCCUUGGUUACCAGUAUCACAAAUAUUAUGGGUGUCCUUACUGCCCUGGCCAAGUCCAACAAGUACACCUCGUUGAUAAGUUCAAAGCAUAAUCCUUCCGAUGGAACUAUUUCAUCUUCCAUAAUGGAUAGUGGCAAAGAAAAGAAAAGCGAGUCGUCUACUUUGUCCAGUAUUUCUUCCCAAAAUGAAGGUAAAACGAUUACAGAGCCUUCUAAGCUCAGACACGAGCACUCGUCUUUUUCAAUCAGUACACAAGAGAUCAAUAAUGCUCAGAUUAUAAACAAUCCAAACAACUCCAAAUUCUUGGCUUUGAGCGAAACUACCGUCAGGCUUCAAAAGCAAAUGGGAUCCUACGAUGAGAUCAAUGUUUUAUCUUCUUGGAAAAUUUUAUCAAUGUAUUCACUCAGUGUCCAAAUUAUCUCAGAUGUGUUCACAAACAAGGAUUAUUUUAACUUGGUGCUCAAGAACACAAAUGAAGACUCUAUUGAGGAAGACUUCGACUGGUUGAUCAGUGAAGAGGAAAAAUUUGACAGAAUAGAGAGGAUUGGAAAAGCCGGUCUAUUGAUUAGAGUCACUGACCUGGACUAUUACAUGGUUGAAUGUAGAGGGAAGAAAGAAUUCCGUCAAUUAUUCGAAGUGUUUUAAUGAUAUGAAGAAUAAAUCUGUAUCUAUACCCUAAUAAAUGGAUAAUUUAGAAGUAAACUUGGUGUGAAAGAUAUAUCGUUGCAUCAUAUCAUAUAGCAGCACGAAGACCAAGCUGUCAGUUCCAAGUUCAUAAACCUAGAAAAGUGCAAUGUAACUCAAUAUUAAUUGUGGAUUGAUU